AUGCUGGUCAGGCUGCAUUUGCUGCUCCCACUGGCCUUGGCAUGUCGUCGAGAGACUCUUGGCCGCGGAGAUGUUUUCCGCUGUGAUGCUGAACUGAGUGAGAGCAACAAUGCUCGAUUCUACAUGUACGCCUCGGAUCCGCAUGCCUUAGGCCAUGCCUUUGAGAUCUUUGUGAAUAUGUCCCUAGCUUCUCCCAGCAGCAGCGACUUCAAUGCCAGCGAGUGCUUGCAGAAGAGGAAGACUGAGGCGGUUUUCGGAUAUUUGAGCAAUUAUGUGUGGUUUCAUCAGGAGGGCCGGCUAAAUGAAACUGGCGAAUGCGGCGAUCAGCGGAUUCAUGCUGUUUUGUUUUGCGUCCAAAGCGAAGGGCCGCCAGCAGGUAGCCUUUUUUUUACAGCGGCGGUUGAGAGCGAGUACAGCGCUAAUGUGCAUCUCGUGGCCAAAACGCAGUCAAGCCCCCACUGGGGUCAGCGGAAUUUCACGCUCACCUAUGGCAGCAUAUGGGGAGGGUCAGCUUUCCAUAUGUUCACCAUUCCUGACGAAGCGGACAUUGACCUCUGGAGGCUGCGCAUCCAACCCCAUGUUCUCGAGGACUUGAAUGGCAAAGAGUUUCCAACCUCCGAUGUUUACUUGAUGCCAGAGUCCUCCGAAUGUGUUUCGGACGUCUUGACCAACGGAGGCUGCUUUGAUUUUACUCAAGUCCAAACCUGCGUGAAGUCCGUCCCCGUGUCUUUCCGAGCUCCAGAGAAGACAGCGAGCUCCAAGGUUGCCAUGCAUCAAAGCUUUCAAUCGCAGGCAACUUUGACACUGAGCAGGGGCUCCUUGCCAUUCCUUCAGCCUGGCCGUUGGAUCCUCUUCGUUAUGUGUAGGCAUGACAGGGACUGCCCGGCUACACUGCUCAGCGUCGAGUCAUAUCCAGAGUACCGGCUGAGAUGGAAACUGAUUUGGGGAACGCUGCUGGCAGUCCUAGGCAUGUUUCUAAUCCUCUUCUCUGUGAACACACUGUACUGGUUGGCGUAUUUCAUUCUCAACAAAUGCAGCCCUGAGACAGAAGAGAACGCAGGCACCACCAAUCGCUUGUGGCCUGUCAUUAUCGGCGUGUGCGGCCGGGAUCAUGUCUCAAUGAUGCGGGACAAGGCGAUGAAGGUGGCACAGCCGCUGCCCUUCUUUCCAGCAUUGCUCAGUCUCAUGGUGGGAGUGUUUUUGGCCACAGCCGCCCAGUUUGUCAUCACACACUAUGGUCUCAUGAUCCGUUCUGGCAACCGCGACAUUUGCUUCUACAAUGACCAGUGCUACUACCCUGGAAUGGUUUGGGACAUUCCGUGGAAUCACGCCAUCUCGAACCUGGGCUAUUUUGUUGCAGGGGCGCAUGUCAUUUUGCAGGCAUUCUAUGCAGAAACACGUUGCCGGACCUUCUCUCGACGUGCCAUGUCUGCUUUGUUUCGAUCCAUGGAUGCUGCAGAACACGGGUGCAUCCGAUUUUCUCAUUGGCAGCACUUUUUCAGCGAGGCCGACCGAAACCGCAGUGGCCGUGUCUCACGGGCAGAGUGGAAGUAUCAGUAUAAGAAUCCGAUUGCUUUUGACUGGAUCGAUGCCAAUGGAGAUGGCUGCCUGGAGAAAUCUGAGUGGGACGCAGCCUUCAGGCGCUUGGACACACAGAGCGAGGGCGUGGUUCGAGAAUGUGACUUUGUGAAGCAAGCCAAGGAGAUCGACUUGCGCGCCUUCUAUGCCAUAGGCGUUUCAUUUGCAGCCGAAGGCGUUGGCAGCAUGUGCUAUCACUUGUGCCCGUCUGUGGAGACUUUCCAAUUUGACACCUGCUUCAUGAUCCCAAUCGCCAACUUGCUGACGCUCGCUUUGCUGGACUGGGACCACUCGGGCCAUGAUGAGAUCACUGCCCUGAAGUAUUUUGUUUACAUUUUGACGCCGGUUUGGCUUGUGAAUUUCAUCGGCACCUGGUACGACAUCGGGGUAUUCCCCAUAGGCUGGAUAUACUGGAUAUAUGCAGCUCUUGUCAUCCUUUGGGCGACCGUUGUGUUGCUGGCCGGCAUGCGGCGCAUUGUGCAGUCUCCUGGCCGCGCUGGUCACAUUACCAAGCGCGCCCUGCAGGUGUUGCUCGUCAUUUGCAUCGCUGUGGCAUUUCUAUUUCCAAAUGUGCGCGUGGUGUACUUUUCUGGAACAGCCAACCUGUUCUUGGAGCUCUCCGUGGUGGUCAUGAUUGUUGUCAUCGGCCGGCAGCUCUACUUGGAAGACUUUCGCUAUGUGACGUGCCAAAUGCGUCACAUUGGAGCGCGGGUGAUCAAGCAUUUCUACGGCCUCAUCAUGAUCACGGUGGCCGUCCUGGCGCUGAAGUGCUUCGCGAAGAAGGUGGUACUGGUCGAGCCAGAGAUCACCCCGGCGCAGAGCCGCAACUUCAAUCAGGACUGCGUCUUCGACAUUUUUGACUUGCACGACGUGUGGCACUUCCUCUCCGCCGUGGCCUUGGCGCUUUUUGCCAUGCUGCUCUUGGACGUGCGAGUGAACUCUUGGGCGCGGAAGGCCGGCAUCCAGGUGUUGUUCGAAGAGCUGCCGGUGGACCUUUCCGACUCCAGCGACGGCGACGACGUCUGCUACACCUCUGACUCUGAGGGCCGUAACGGCGUGUUGGCAAUUGUCGGUGGCUCUGGCGCUGGCAAAACCACGCUGUUGGACAACGUGGCGCUAGAGCCACGACAGGGACGCCGCAGUGGGCAAGUGCUCCUCAACGGGAUGGAGCUGGAUCACGCUUUAUUUCGCUCGAGCUGCGCCUACGUGGCGCAGUCGGAUGCUUGCUGCGCCUCCCUCACGGUCAAGGAGACGCUGCGCUUUGCGGCUAGCCUGUAUCAAGGCAGAGGUUUGGGGACGAAGACUUCCAGAGAGGACCACGUCCGAGCGCUCCUUGAGCAGGUGGGCCUUGACGCCUGCCAAGACGUCAAGGUCGGGGAUGGGGUACUUAUUCGCGGGGUGUCUGGCGGGCAGCGCCGCCGGGUCAGCCUUGCCGUGGAGCUUUUGAAGAAGCCCUGGGUGCUGGUACUGGACGAGCCCACCUCCGGGCUUGACUCCAAAGCUGCUGAGGCCAUUGUCGAGCUGCUCACUGGCAUUUCUGUCGCCAACAACCUGGCAACAAUUUGUACCAUUCAUCAGCCGUCCUCGUACGUGUUUCAGCAGUUUGACCGUCUCCUGGUCUUGGCCAAGGGCCAGGUUUGCUACUUCGGCAAGGCAGAUGAGGCUCUCCGGCACUUCAACGCCAUCGGGUAUCCCAGCCCGCCCGGCAUCAAUCCGGCCGAGUUCAUGAUCCGGAUCACCAAUGCCGACUUUGCAGAAGAAGGGCAGGUGGAGAGUAUCUGCAAAGCCUGGCAAAUCAUUUGCAGAAAGGAGAGGCCCAGCCUUUCUGGAUGCCUUUUGUGUGAGCCGCCAGCUGCGCGCAGCAGAGCUGGCUUUCCCAAGCAGGUUUGGAAGAUUUUCCUUCGCUUCGUGCGGAGCAAUCUUAGGAAUCCUUUAGCCUUCGGUGGCCGCUGCGUCCUGACGUGUCUCCUGGUUGCCUUCGUUUGCGUGGCCUACAUUGGCGCGCGCAAACGGGACCAGGCGAACGUGCUGAACUACCUCUGGGCCACCAUGUGGGUGCAACAGCUCCCGGCCUUCCUUUGCAUCGGCGCAGUUCCCAACUUCGCGCGUGAGCAUGCCUGCUACCGGAAGGAGGCACCGGCUCGUUGCAUGUUCUGGCAUGCGAUGGCAGGGGUGUUUGUUUUGGCAUGGCGGUGUCAAUUGCAUGAGUUUAUUGCUGCAGCCCAAGGUAUUUAA